GUUUUGUGUUGUUGUGCCGAGCUCGAAGAAUUGAUGUACAGCUCUGUACAGCUGAUCCGUCGAAGAGGUGUCUGCAAGGCCCCGACCCCGAAUAAAUUGUUAUUGGAUAUGCAUGUUUCAAUACUCUAAUGUGCACUGUAGUAGUGCGAAUCUAUGCUCUGUGUUUCUUUGACACUGGUUUUAAAAUCACUGACGUUUGGGUCGGCUCCUAGGUUCGGCCAUUGUUUCGGCCCGUGGGCUGUUGCUUCUUCUUCAUUUUAUUUUAAAACUAGCGGGAAUAUAAAGUGCAGAUCACUUAAACGUCAGCACUUCUGUGAUAUCUUAGAACUAAUCAUGCGUCUGAUCGUUGUUGGGGACUGUGUUUCAUUGAAGCGCAAAACGCACCCCUCUAAAAAUAACGGUACUGACAAAUCAGUCGAUUGGAAAGGAAUCAAAAGAGGGUCUUGUCAAGCGAAGGAAUGUGUUGACUGUGAUGCUUACACUUACAAUCCUUCAAAAGGAGCGCAAUGCCAGUACUGUGGUUGCUAUCCAACAAAACACCGACGAAUACAAGAUGAUGAUACAAUAGCACCUAAGAUCCCGAGACUGGAACUCGAAGAUGAUGAGAGACAAGCCCCAGAAAUACAUAUAAUUGACAAUGGUUCUGACACCCUGGUCUAUGAAGUCGAUGAUGAAGGGAAUGUUGUGCCUGAUGAUGACCCCCUUGAACUUCUUGCUGAACAAUUGCCGAGUCUCAUCAGUACUCAAGUAGAACCAGCUAUAUUAAAGAACAAAGCUAUCAUGUCCAAUUGUGCUUCUGUGUCUGGACCACCAGCCUCUGUGUCCUCCUUUUCCAAAUCUGCUCUUAUGAAAAAGAAGGAAAUCCCCUCUCAAACUGUGUCAGUUAAUUUGAACAACAAAUCAACGUUUGAAAAGAUGUUGCAACCAAUGUCCAAGGAGCAAUUAUAUGAGCUCUGUGUGCCUUCUCGUCUUCCAAUGAGAAUAAAUUUUCCAAGGGACUCAGAAUCUCUCCCAAAGUCUGAUGCCCAGUUUGUUAUAAGAUGGAUUGCUUGGUCCAUGUGGAAUGUGCGUGUGACAGCUGAGCAAGAUUUUAAAAAUGUUGCCGAUUUAGCUCUCAAGAGAUAUCCUACUCUUGAAUCCAUUUUCCCCAAGGAGAAAAGCUUGGAUGGUAUGGUCAAGUUUCUAAAACAGUUCCUUGGUCACAGAGAUGUUGAAAAGAAAAAGAAAGAAAAAGAGGUGGUCCAACCAAAGCAGAUACAGCAACAGAAAUCAGAGAAAGAAAACACAGUUUCUAACAUAAAACAAUUUGAAACUUUAAAGUCACAUAUUUACAAAGAGAUGGAGAAGUUAAACCCAUCCAUAGCAGUAUUACGAACAUUCCUCUCAUCUUGCCGUAAAGAACGGAAAUUAAGACUCUCCAAAGAAAAACAGAACUAUUCCACACAGUUGCAAGAAUUCCCAUGUCUUGGGAUUCAAGAAUUGGUACUGUGGGAGUUCAUUAGUCAAGAACAACUUCAGUGCACACCAAAGGAUUUGAAGAAACGCUGGCAGGAUGCUAUCUCCAGUAUGGCCUCCUACUUCCUAUCUGAAUCUGAGAAGACCUUUGAUUCUCCAUUAACUGAAGAGGAGGCGACUUCAGAAAUUCUCCAAUGCCUCACCUGUCCCAAACACUUUGGGCCAGAAAUGUCAGAGGAUAAGAGAAGCCAUUUGGUCUUAGAAGUUCUCCAGGGCUCAACCAUGCCACUUUUUGCUCCGAAACAUGAUCCGCCCCGACUCUUCUCUCUUGGUGAAGAUGAAAACCAGACCACAUAUGUAUAUGUUGAAGGGAAAGCUGUUUACAAAGGCCCUAUUAUGGAUGCUUUGCUCUACAUUGUAGCUAUCUAUUAUGUUUUUGAAUUUUCUCCAUCCUUUGAAGCAACUGCUGCAUUUUCAUUCAUUUAUGGUAUUUUGUUAAAAGAGAAGGCUUUUGAUAAAUACAUGCACCAUAGAGCUGUGGUUGAAGCAUUGGAAUUAAUUUGGGCCUCGCAGUGAGUGAGGAUAUAAGGGAUUAUUUUUACAAACCGCCUUUGCAGCUGAACAAGACUAUUUUUGUAAUGUUGUUUUAGCUUUAUUUUUACAUUAAACAUUUUAAUGCAUCAAA